AUGUGCUUUGCAAAAUGUCUCAGGAAUUGCAUGAAAGGAGGAGGAACUGAUGAUUUCACAUUGAUUCGAAUUAUCGCCUCAAGAUGUGAGAUCUUUACGAAUUCUGUUGGAACAGUGGUUGCUCCAAUCCACAUAGACCGUGAAGCCCUGCAGGACGCCAACGCGAGCAGCUGUUUGCUCUCAGCAACGGAAGAGGAUCCGACCAAGCUUGGUAUUGACCCUCAGUACGCUGGGCGAUAUUUCGUGCAACCGUCUGGAGCUCUGUACUUGGCCGGUCAUUCUCCCACACCGAUCUUGUCUUGA